GGGGCUCGGGCUGGAGAAGCUUUGACCGACAAGGCGGAAUGAUCAACUGCCGAUCCCGGCAGGCAAUGCUUGAACUAAUUUUCUUGCUUCACACGAAGACAACCACUGCGAAUGCAUCGUAAAAGCCAAUCUCUCUCACAGAAUGCGCCUCUCUCUCCUCGCUCGCCGACUUCCACCUCUCGGCCCGCCAAUACCACCCGCACGCCACGUUUUCUCCUCAGCCGCCGCUGCCCGAGCGAAUCCCGAAUGUACCCCGGAAUCACAACCACAUCAACAAUUAUCACAAGAACACCCAACACCACCCAAUAAUGCCACCACCUCCCCCAACCCUCCCACCCCAACAACCACAACCACAACCACAACCGCAACCACACCCCAAACCACCACCACCAGCACACCACCCCUAAUCUACCCCUCCGCCCCCUCCCCGCACCACCACAACCUCCCCACCUUCCUCACCUACGCGGCACGCACCAACCUAGACCCGCACUCGACCGUCUACGUCGGCACGCACUUCGAGUACACGGCCUCCGCCUCCCUAUCCCGCUACGGGCUGGCCCUGCGGCGCGUCGGCGGCGCGUCGGACAACGGCAUCGACCUGCUCGGCGUGUGGGCGCUGCCCGGCGCCGUCGCCGAGGUGCGCGUGCUCGCGCAGUGCAAGGCCGUGCAGCAGCCCGGGCCGCGCCUGAUCCGCGAGCUGGAGGGCGCGUUCGUGGCCGCGCCGGCCGGGUGGCGCGGCCGUGGUGGCGUGGUCGGGUUGUUGGUGGCGGAGAAGCACGCGACCAGGGGGAUCCGGGAGGCGCUGGCGCGGAGCAGGUGGCCGAUGGGGUUUGUGGCGUGUUCGAGGGCGGGGGCGGUUGAGCAGUUUCUGUGGAAUCGCAGGGCGGAGAAGGCAGGGCUGGAGGGGGUUGGUGUUGGGAUGAGGUACGGUGGUGGUGGUGGUGGGGGGCAGGAGUUGGUCUUGACGUGGAAGGGGCGGAAUUUGCCCUUUGUGAGGGCCGAGGAGGCAUCUGCGUAAAGGGGUGUCUGGGUAAAAUGACGGAGUGGGCGAGUGCCAAUACGGUUCACCGAUGAAUUUCCGGCUCUUGAGGGAGUGGGUAAGUCAGAAUGUUGAGAACCCGGGGUUAACAACUGACGUUGCCACCAGACCAGACAACG